CACACGCGGCGCUUCAGAAUCUACUUGCCUGUUUUGAACAGAUCAACAUAUUGACUGAAUAAAUUCGCCAACAACUUUGUGCCAAAAUGAAGGUCCAUUAUUUUAUAAUAAUCCUUGCAGAGUUACUGCUCCUGUGCCCAUUAUAUUCGCAUGCCAGCUGCCACUGUGAACAAAUAACAACUUAUAACAAUGGACGUCGUGUUUGUUCAUGUAGGCCUGGAUACGUUGUCAGCAGCAGAAACCCACACAAAUGUCAAGACAUUGAUGAAUGCACAGAUUCCAAUCAAACAAUAUGUCAACAUACAUGUACCAACACAAUUGGAAGCUUCGAGUGUUCCUGCAACUCAGGAUACAGAAUAAACAGUACAGACUAUAACAUGUGUCAAGACAUUGAUGAAUGCACGGAUUCCAAUCAAACAAUAUGUCAGCAUACAUGUGCCAACACCAUUGGAAGCUACGCUUGUUCCUGCAAUUCAGGAUACAGAAUUAGCAGCGCAAACCCUCAUAUGUGUCAAGACAUUGAUGAAUGCACGGAUUCCAAUCAAACAAUAUGUCAGCAUACAUGUGCCAACACCAUUGGAAGCUACGCUUGUUCUUGCAAUUCAGGAUACAGAAUUAGCAGCGCAAACCCUAAUACGUGUCAAGACAUUGAUGAAUGCACGGAUUCCAAUCAAACAAUAUGUCAGCAUACAUGUGCCAACACAAUUGGAAGCUACGCUUGUUCCUGCAACUCAGGAUACAGAAUUAGCAGCGCAAACCCUAAUAUGUGUCAAGACAUUGAUGAAUGCACGGAUUCCAAUCAUACAAUAUGUCAGCAUACAUGUGCCAACACAAUUGGAAGCUACGCUUGUUCCUGCAACUCAGGAUACAGAAUUAGCAGCGCAAACCCUAAUAUGUGUCAAGACAUUGAUGAAUGCACGGAUUCCAAUCAAACAAUAUGUCAGCAUACAUGUGCCAACACAAUUGGAAGCUACGCUUGUUCUUGCAAUUCAGGAUACAGAAUUAGCAGCGCAAACCCUAAUAUGUGUCAAGACAUUGAUGAAUGCACAAAUUCCAAUCAAACAAUAUGUCAGCAUACAUGUACCAACACAAUAGGUAGCUACGAGUGUUCAUGCAACUCAGGAUACAGAAUAAACAGUACAAACACUAACAUGUGUCAAGACAUUGAUGAAUGCACGGAUUCCAAUCAAACACUAUGUCAGCAUACAUGCACCAACACAAUUGGAAGCUUCGAGUGUUCCUGCAACUCAGGAUACAGAAUAAACAGUACGGACCCUAACAUGUGUCAAGACAUUGAUGAAUGCACGGAUUCCAAUCAAACAAUAUGUCAGCAUACAUGUACCAACACAAUAGGUAGCUAUGAGUGUUCAUGCAACUCAGGAUACAGAAUAAACAGUACAGACACUAACAUGUGUCAAGACAUUAAUGAAUGCACGGAUUCCAAUCAAACAUUAUGUCAGCAUACAUGUACCAACACAAUUGGAAGUUUCGAGUGUUCCUGCAAUUCAGGAUACAGAAUAAACAGUACAAACCCUAAUAUGUGUCAAGACAUCGAUGAAUGUAGCAAUACGAGCCUACGAACAUGUGAGCAGAUUUGCACCAACGCGAAUGGAAGCUUCUCAUGCUCAUGCUAUCCUGGCUACAAUAUAAACAUAUCAUACGCUAACAAGUGUGUCAGACCGUGUGCUGCCUUUCCAUCAGGAAGUAGACCAAAAUACUUGUCUACAUCACACCAGGCUUGCUAUGAUAAAUGUGUCGCAAACUAUUAUUGCUAUGGAUACGCUUAUAGCGUUGGCAGUGUGUGUGAACUAUUCAUAUUUGGUGGAAUUGGGAUUGAUACAAGUGUUGAAGUAGAUACAGACGUGUAUAUGUUCUGUCGGAAUGCUACAGGACAAUGUAAAAGAUUCGGCGUCGGUCUCCAGGAUACAGCAGCGUUCAUUUCCAAUACUAAUAAGGAAUGUUUUACUUCUUGCUCACUGAAACCGAAAUGUUUUGGAUAUUCUUAUGACUCUACGGCCAAAACAUGUGUUCAUUCAAUGUUACCUGCAUCUGAGAUGCUCUUGUUCCCUGACCAAAGAACGUACGCAUUUAUCAUCUGCUAACUGUUAUGUGCCAUAUCGUAAUUGUUAAACAGAUCUUCAUAAAUUUGAAUUUGGAGAAGGGCAAAAUGAAUAUAAUUUAUAAGCAUAACAAACAACAUAAAAUACACCUUUUUAUUUUGGUGGUUGGUUGAUCAUUUCCUUUUCAUGUAACUUUUUAUAUAAAUUUCUAACAAGUAUUUUUUAGCGCAAUUUCCAUACUGACAAUUGCGAUUAUUAAUUCGUUAUUUCUGGAUGGAUGGAUGGAUGUAAGUCCGCAGCUUUAAGUCGUAUCUCCUCCUCAACGAAGCAAUAUCGAGGACUAGUUCCAAAGCAAAUAUGUUAAGCAAGUUCCAAGGAUAAUUGUGGGCCAAAAAAAAUCCCGGAAUUCCUUCCUGGAUUUCCCGGAAAAGCCAAAAAAACUCGAAAAAAUGCAGUUUUUGCUCCAUAUCUCGGCAACCAGACCACUUAGCGACUUGAAACAUUUACCAAUCGAUUUCUGUCAUAAUUAAGAACAAUAUUUCAGAAGAAAGUUUUCAAAAAUAUCCUUUCGUUCGGUCACAAAAUUUAAAAUUGUUAUGGAUAACAUAAGGAAAUUGCGCUUAAAUUGUCACUAGACUUUUCAUUAACUUGUUUUUUUUAAUUUCCUUAUAUAUUAAGUUAAUGCAAUAUUUCAAGAGGAUUUCAUCAAUGCGUUCCCAAUCCUGUAUUUUUAAACGCGUGACCUUAUAAUAUAUUCUAUAACCAAGUUAUUUCAAUGUAAGCAAAGUAAGAGCUAUAUGAAUUGGAUCGUAACGGUUGAGGUGCGGGUUGAUCCAAAUUAAACCCCAGACGCUUGGGGCGGCUGUGUGAAAGCCUAGAGUGUACGUUAAUCACCUUCCGUAAUAGUGAAGUAGAACACACUUCAGCGACCACCAAGGUGUGAAGACGCUAUCGGGAGACUCAAGUUUCACUACAGCAGGGCACCGGGUAACGCCCCCGACUAAGUUUAAUCAUCAAAUGUCGUGUGCUACCAUGUUCCUAUUUUAAGGUGCUCUUUAAAACGAACGUAGGCUUCUUAGUACCAAUCCGCCCCCUGCGAUAACGACUGACGACACGCCUGAUUCGAUAUUGACAACGAUUAUUGUACAGCCCUUUUUUAAAACGAAAUUAGGCGAUAUACUGCUCAUGUGGAAGCCCGGAGCGUUUCUGGUCAUUCGAUCGCCAGAACGUCGGCGGAUGCGCCUGAUGCACUUUUAGCGCUGAAUCAAUAAUUACCCCUGACUUGCUAUGCAGGUCUCUCAAUUAAGGGAAACCAAGUAUUAAGAGCGCGAUUAUGAACAUCUGGGCGCCAAAACGUAUAUAGAGAGCGCCGCCCUUAAAAAAACUGUAAUUUAUUUUUUCAUAAAACAAAUACUCAUGAGUAUUGUCAUUAACUCCUAAAUGUUUUAUGGCACUCAGUGAUCGGUGUCAUCA